UAACAUAACAGAAGGCAAGCUGGAUAGGGCAGUCAGUGGCCAGAGGUAGAGUACUCAACUUUUGUGCAUCCCAUUUCCUGAAAGAUUGAAAAACAUUGAAAUACCUCAGUCGCUUACAGUGGCUGUUUUCAGAAAAUGACAGUGUUUGUGACGUAUGGCGGAUUGCAUUGUGUUUCCAUUUUCUGUGCAUGCCUGAUUGUGUUCAUAGCGACAUGGGCCCAAUCUCUAGAAACGGAAAAUGUCGCGUUGACACAAGUUAAUGGAAAGAGAUCAGGAUCCCUUGGUCGACUUCGGAAUCCGGCAGCCAUCGUACCGGGCCAUGAGCCAAAACAUCAUUCGUGUAUGACUUUUGAUGGACAACCAGGUACCUGCAUGUCUGCCCGGGAAUGUUACCCGUACACGAAAGUUCAUCAGUCGCUAGGUCCCAGAGAGACGUGGGUUCUCGGCUCCCUGGGAACCUGCCAUUUGUCCACGGACUCCAUCGGACGACAGGGUUCCGGAAUCUGCUGUAAUUCACCUCGUCAAUCGCGACUUCCUCAGGUUAACAAUCUAACUUACAAUGAACAAUUGCUUCAUCAGCAAGAAAUGCGACGCAUCAGCGACUCCGCAGGAUCCAGAAUCGUAAAUGGAAAGCUUUCCGCAUUGGGAGAAUUUCCUUUUAUGAUAGGUAUCAUGCGAGGAAAAAACGUUUUUUGCGGAGGAUCGCUAUUGGAUGCCAAUCACGUUUUAACAGCGGCGCAUUGCGUUAGCGGCUUAUCACCUCAGAAUAUACUGGAGCUAACGAUCAUUCUUGGCGCUGUCGAAUUAAGUGACCCCAAAAAAGUGACUAGGCGGGUAAAGAGCGUUAUUCGUCACAGACAAUUCGACAACCGCAAAUUGCGCAACGAUAUUGCUCUGCUUACGUUAGACUCGCCUGUUGAAUUCUCCAGCGUCAUAUCUCCAGUUUGUCUUCAUGAUAAUGUCACACACAGCUACGUGGGAAAAGACGUCGUAACCGCUGGAUGGGGCCGGACGUAUUACAAGGGACCGAAAUCACCGGUGCUACAAAAAGUGACGUUGCAACUCAAAUCACUGGAUGAUUGCCGGAAAAAUUUAGGAGUUCAAUCGCCUGGAGGUGUCCCCGACCAUUACAUUUGUGCAUGGGCCCCCAAUCGAGAUUCGUGUGCCGGUGACAGUGGAGGACCACUUAUGCUUGCAGAAGAUGGUUGUCAAAUCGGCGUCGUUAGCUGGGGUAUCGGAUGUGCAACCAAUACUUACGGAGUCUAUACGCGGAUCUCUUCUUUCCGUGACUGGAUCGAUAAAAACAAAGUUCGCUUUUAAAUCAUUGUUUCUGGGUAUCAUUAAAUACAAACGUUUGUCAUUCAA